AUGAGACGAAGACUAAAACGAAUUUCAUCGAAAUCGUUCAACUUCUCAAAUACUCUUUCAUCAAUAAAUAGCGAAGCUGAUAGCAACAAUAAAUUUCAUUGUACUGAGCAACAAGCGCAAAUAUCGCUAGCGCCACAUUCCGGUAACUCACCAUUACCGCCUCUGCUACUCAAUCAACAGUUUAUCUUUCUCAACGAUAAUAUUGUUGGCAUAGUAACACAACGUCAGUGGACAACAUCAGCAGCACAGUCAUCUUCGAUUAAUUGUCACAGCAAAAGUAAAAGUGUCAUGUCAGCAAAAGUAGAAACAACAGUACGGCAAUGGUCGACACCAAUCGAAAAGGUUGUCGAAGGUCAACCACCAAAACCUGAAGAUCGUCCAACGAUAAUCCAUGGUGAAGCGCAAAAGUCUGUGAUACAGUCUAUAACGCCCAACUAUAAAAGUGUUAGUGAAAGACAAAUACAAAAAAUGGAUUUUGGUUCAGAUUUAAAUUUACCAGAAGCUGUUGGCGAUUAUAAGGUGAAAGAAACACAAGAUCAUUUUAAAUUACAAAUCAUUGAUCCAAAAGUUACCUCAAACGCAUCGAUGCCAGCAUAUAAUCGAGAAAUUCCACGAAUUCAACGACGAAAUUUGGAUUUUCCAAGCGAACAUAGUAAACGAUCAUUUCUAAAAUUAGAACCAAUGCAACAAAGGAAAUUACGGGCUGCAGAAACUCGUCCAAUUACAACCAGUGCAUAUUUAACUGAAAGCUUAGAUCGUCAUCGUGACAUGGAGACAUCUCGACUAAAGGAUUAUUUGAAAGCACGUGAAAAUGAUGCUAAUAAACCAUGGGAUAAGCCUCAAUGGCCUGGGCCAAAGGCUACAAAUUCAAACGAUCAAUCACUUAAAGAACUUGCUGAAAUCAAAAAAACUAUCGAAACUCUUCAGAAGACAAGUGUCACCCGAAAAUGUGACAUUUUAUGCGACACUGAUGAAUGCAAUCAGAAUUUGAUGGAAUCAGAAAUGGAAAUCGAGAAUUGGCUUACAAUUCCUGAUGAUAUGAUUGCUUAA